AUGAAGCCAGAAUGUUAUCAACUUAACAAAACUCUUUUGAGUGAAAAGAUAACUGCCUACAAGAAAAAGGAGAAACAACCUUCUCAAUUCAACCAAGUUAAGUCAUUAGUUCAAAUCAAAGAACAAAAUCCCAAACUUAAACAAAUCUUUUCCCAAGUUCUCCAAAACAUUCCCAAGCAACGAAAUGGUAAGUGGUAUGUUUGUUUUACUGGAAAAGUGGAAACUCAACCAUUUCCUAAAACUGGCAAAAAAAUAGGGACAGAUAUGGGACUAAAUGAUUUUUGUGUCCUUGAUAAUGGAGAAAAAGUUCCUAUUCCUCAAUUCUAUCGUAGAUUAGAAACUCAAUUAAAUGAGUUAAAUAGAAUAGGAGACCGAAAACAACAUAAAAGGAAUAAAGAGGAUAAAACCAAACCUAGUCAAAGAUACCUUAAACAUAAAUCAAAAGUGGAGAUUAAGAAAAUGAUUGAGUGUCGGAUAAUAGUCGGAAAACAAGUAGUAGAAGUAAAUCCCAAAAAUACUAGCAAAAGAUGUUUUGAUUGUAAGAUGAUAAAGAAAGAUUUAGAAUUGAAAGACAGAAUAUUUGUUUGUGUUUGUGGAUAUGAGGCAGAUAGAGAUGUUAAUGCUGCUAAAAAUAUUCUCUACAAAGUACAAGCAACGGAGCAGGAACUGUCUUCGUUAGACGAGAACAUGGAACAUAAUUCCUCUUCGUUAAAACCUCAACGAGGAAGCCCCCAUCUUCAAAUCCAUAAGGAUUAA